AUGGGAACCUCAAACUUCUUCCUCCUUCCGACGCACCAACUUGCAAUAUUCACGACUAUCAUAAGCCCUAUUGUCCUAUUCUUCAUGUUUUAUCUCUACACCACUCCUACAAUCCUCACGGACCGGCGACGAUGGCAUCUCCCCCCUGGUCCACGCGGUCUUCCCUUCAUAGGUAGUUUCUUCGACCUAGCCGACCCCGACAAAGUGCGCGAAUUAGCAAUUUCCUGGACACAAAAAUACGGCGAAAUAUUUCACACCAAAAUCGGAGGUGCAGACUACAUCUGGCUCUCUUCGCCCCGCGCAGUCAAAGAACUCAUGGACAAGAAAUCCGCCAUCUACUCCUCGCGUCCUCGCACACCUUUAGCGGGCGAAACAGCAAGUGCAGGACGAAGACAAUUAUAUCUUCCUUACGGCCCGCAAUAUCGGGCUUUGCGGAAGAUCAGCCAUACUUGCUUGAAUGUUACGCAGAGUGCGGGGUACAGACCCGUGCAGGAUUUAGAGAGCAAACAGUUACUUUUUGACCUGUUGAAAACCCCGGAACGGUUUUAUGACCAUAAUAGGAGGUAUUCUGCAAGUGUUAUUAUCAGUGUUACUUAUGGCCAUCGGAUCCCGGAUUGGAAUAAUGGGCUGGCGGAUCAGAUCUAUAAGGUGAUAAAUAAUUUACAACAAUUCGCAUCGCCGGGGACUUGGAUGGUCGAUACUUUUCCUUCACUAACUGCGUUUCCGGAGGUGUUUUUUGGGAAAUGGAAGAGCUUUGGUCAGAAGUGUUUUGAGCAUGACGCGCCGAUCUACUUGGGACUCUGGAACUCGCUAAAAAAGGAGAUUAAGGAAGGGAAGGCGAAAGAUUGUUUCGCGAAGGAAUUUGCUGAGAAUGAGCCUGAGCAAUUGGGUUUGGAUACUCUGCAAUGCGCGUAUGGGUGCGGUGGUCUUGUUGAAGCUGGAGCUGAGACGACGUCUGCUGCUUUGAACAAUUUUCUCUUGAUGGUCAUUCUGUACCCGGAUGUUGUGAAGAAGGGGCAGGAAGAAGAGCUGGAUCGUGUGGUUGGGAGCGAUAGAUAUCCUUCUUGGGAGGAUUGGGACGAGUUGCCAUAUAUUCGCGCGGUGAUUAAAGAGUUGCUAAGGGUGAGACCGCCGAAUAAAAUUGGCAUGCAGCAUUCUGUUAUUGAGGACGAUUGGUAUAAUGGGUAUUUUAUUCCAAAGGGAGCCUUAGUUAUGUUGAACUGGUGGUAUGUAUUCUUCCCUCUCGUUGUUCUCAAUCUCUCGCUAAGAUGAAAAAGGGCUAUGCAGUAUGAUCCCAAGCGAUGGGAAAGCCCAUAUGAGUUCAGACCGGAACGAUAUCUCGAUUAUCCACUUCCGGCUUUUUCCUACGUUAAUACCGCUGAUCCCAAUACGCGAGAUCAUUUUGCUUACGGGGCCGGGAGGAGAAUUUGUCCUGGUAUCCAUCUUGCUGAAAAUUCAUUGUUUCUUAAUAUCAGCCGGAUAUUAUGGGCUUUCAACAUCAAGAAGAAGAUUGGAAAAGACGGGAAUGUUAUCGAGCCGACAACAGAAUCGUUACCGGGAUGGUUAAUUAUCCCCCAGCCGUUCGAGUGUACAAUCGAGCCAAGGUCACAGAAAUACGCCAGAAUGAUUGAGGAUAUUUGGAAGAAAACUGAGGCGGGACUUGAAUCAGAUGAUUAUCAACUGAAUUGGGAUUCAAAGGGAAAUGUGUCUUGAGGUUUUCAGAGAGGAAACACCGUACUUUCAAUCUAAAUUUCUCAUAUCAGAGAGACUCUUUUAUGGAUACUUGCACGAGGGUCUGCAUAUCCGGGAAAGUUAAAAAAUAAAACACGCUCAAAGACUGUGGAGGCUACCCCGAACUAGAUUGC